AUGGCCGCCGCCAAUGGGCCCGCCGCCGCGCAGCCGCCUGCGGGCCCACCCUCUGAGUACGAACCGUACCUGUCGGUAGCACUGGCGGCUGCCAAGGAGGCCGGCGCCGUCAUCGCCGCCGCCUGGGACGCGCACAAGACAAUAGACACCAAGUCGGGGGACACCGACCUUGUGACGGAGACGGACAAGCGGUGCGAGGAGCUGGUGCUGAGCCGCAUCAGCGCCGCAUUUCCCGACCACAAGUUCAUCGGGGAGGAAGGCUCGGCGGCGCAGGGGUUCACAGAAGAGCUGACUGAUGCCCCCACCUGGAUGUGUGACCCAGUGGAUGGCACCACCAACUUUGUGCACCGCUUCCCUUUCAGCUGCGUCAGUGUGGGGCUGACCAUUGGCAAGCAGCCGGUGGUGGGCGUGGUGCUCAACCCCAUCCUGGGAGAGACGUACCAUGCCGUGCGCGGCGGCGGCGCCUUCCUCAACGGCCAGCCCAUCCGGGCGUCCGACACGCGGCAGCUGUCCAAGGCGCUCGUGGGCACGGAGCUGGGCACGCGGCGGGACGCGGCGUUCCUGGACGCCUGCUUCUCCCGCAUCCGCGCACUGAGCCAGCGCACGCGCAGCCUGCGCUGCACCGGCAGCUGCGCGCUCAACCUGUGCAGCGUGGCGAUGGGCAGGCUGGAUGCCUACUAUGAGAUUGGGCUGGGCGGCUGCUGGGACCUGUGCGCGGCGGCGCUGGUGCUGGAGGAGGCGGGCGGGCGGGUGCUGGACCCUGCAGGAGGUCCCUUCAACCUGAUGAGCCGCCGCGUGCUGGGCACCAACGCACACCUGGCCGAGGCAGUGAGUGGCAUCCUGGCCGACUGCCCCUGCGCGCCCGACGAGCCGCUGCCGCAGCCGCUGCCGGAGUGAGGCCCGGGGCGGGGGAGCGAGCCGGCCGGCGGGCUCCUGGCUUUAAGUUGGAUCAGUGAUGGCCGCAUUCUGUCGGUCCCUUUGUUUCUGCACUGUUUUGCAACAAUUUCCUCCGAUUUCAUUCCUUUUGUCCAGACCCAAAGCCCCAUCAUGAUGUGCCUGUAAACGCUCACACAGGCA